CUAACGACGAAAGGCACCGAAGAUCAGUUACGAAAGUGGAUGCUGCUAGCUAGCCAACCCUCGUGAUAUAGCCACUGUCUGGUUUGCUGACAUUGAGAGGAAUAUCAAGCAAGACUGUCAUUCCCAUUUUAAGAAAGGCUGACCACCAAUAUGUUGGCAAGGCGACUGGCCGACUACGGAUACAGGGGGUUCUCUGCCACGAUGAUGGCGUUGACUCUCUACGGGGGAUACCUGUGCGUGAUGCGUGGAUACCGUUUUUCCCAGCGACAAAAAGAGCUCAAGCUCGCUGCAGAAAACCAGGACCCUGACGUCCUAAAGGACUGACGUCAUAACAUAACAGGAAGGGAUAUGUUAAUUCCUUCCAUUGGUCCAUCGCAAAAAUCAAGGAAAAAAUUCUUGGACUUAAAUAUGAUCGCUUUAUUUUGGGGUUUUCGGUAUGCUGAAAUGUUUUCAGCGCAUCUCCCAAAUCCAUCUGUAAUGAUGGGGAUGGCAAGGAUCACUGCUCUCAAUGUACAACUGGUGGUAAUUUAAAGUUAUUAAAUGUCUUUAACAAUUA